AUGGUAGUUACAGCAGAUGAUAAACGAGCCGUUUGCCAGGAGCCCUGCAGGGUGUGUGUGUGUGUGUGGGGAGUGUCUGUCCAUGCCCAGGGGUGCUUCAAUGUGUGUGUGGGGGGGAAUCUGUCUGUGCCCUGGGGGGCCACAAAUGAGGACCUGCCCCUGCCCUGUGCAGGGCGCUGCGAGGCCAUACGAAUGCUGCUGGCCGACCAGGAGCAGGAGUGGAAGGAGGAUGUGGUGACCAUGGAGCUGUGGCAGAAGGGAGAGCACAAGAAAUUAACCUGCCCAAGCCUCGGUGCUGGAGGGCUGUUCGGGCAGCUGCCCAAGUUUCAGGACGGAAACGUAACCCUGUACCAGUCCAACGCCAUCCUGCGGCACCUGGCCAGGAGCUUCGGGCUGUAUGGGAAGGACCAGCAGGAGGCGGCGCAGCUGGACAUGGUGAAUGAUGGGGUGGAAGAUCUGCGCCUCAAAUACGCCCAGCUCAUCUACCAGAACUAUGUGAGCCAGGGCAGAAUCUGCAUCGGGCAGGAGGCCAGAGGGGGCGCACCCCUGCAGAGUGGGGGCAGGGAAUGGGGCAGCUCCAGCACUGGGGGUGGGGGGGUGUCUGAUUUCAAGAAGGAUGGGGUUGGAGAUGAGAUCUCUUUUGCAGACUAUAACCUGGUGGAGCUGCUGCGGAACCACCUGGUCCUGGCACCCGGCUGCCUGGCCUCCUUCCCUCUGCUGGCGGCUUACGUGGAGCGGGUGGCUGCCCGGCCCCACCUACACACCUACCUGCAGUCGACCGCCCACCGCGACCGGCCCAUCAACGGCAAUGGCAAGCAGUGACCUGCGUGCACUGACAGAGGGGCCGCCCUGUGGCACAAUAAACAGCUACUGGACCAGA